ACAGUAACAGCCAAGGUUUCAUCCCCGGAAAAACACCUCCGUGCCUGUCAUAACGGGCAUGGGGGCUCGUGCGCUUAUUAUAGACAAAGCCAUCUGUUACGGCAAGGACAACACUAACGGAGCCUGUAACCAGAGAGGAAGCUGCGUUGCACCAAACAGGUGUUCCUGUCACACUGGAUAUACUGGAUCACAAUGUGAAAAAUGUCUUGAUGCUCGUGCAGAUCCUGAACAUUUCAUCUGGUGGCACACCAACAGCCAUCCGGACUGCGCUCUGACCUGUUCGUGGAAGAACCAAUGGUGUUGGCCUGGGGACUGCCCAGACAGAAGAUUGAGGACAUCCUGUAAAUGUCGGAACGGCUUUGUGAAGCAUGAUGGAGGUUCCAGAUACACAAAGUGUGACCUUGUUGAGAAGCCCCAACUUCUAACGUGCCACAUUGGGAUGACGGAUGCACAUCACAGCGUGAGAAGCUCCACACAUGGCUCUCACUCUGGAUGCCAGUAUGAAUCGGACACAUAUGUUAACUUGAAUCCCAUAUAGGUAAACCUUCAG